AUGGACGGGGCUCCAGAAUCAGAAUGGCGGUGCGUGUUCACCUCGAGUUUCUCAGGAGCCGGAAACAAUCGUCUACGCGACAGCCACAUCUGCACUUCUCGCCAAUUCCACGUUUUUCUUGAAGUUCGAGGAAAUUUUUGAGAAAGCAGCACAGUUCAGAAGAAGAAAAAAACUAUAUCAUUAAUGAAAUCAAUGAAACGCCUCACGAAAACCGCAUUUAAUUCGAAAUCAGGUGUCUGAAGUUUGUUUGAGAAAGAACUUAUGAAAUGUCGUAAAAGAGGGAACUUCAAGCAGGACACGGCUUUUCCAAUGAUUUAACUCAAAAAGCCUUUGAAAAAUCUUGGUAAAAAAAAUUGAAAAUUGAAAAUUCCUCAAAAGGAUCAAGUUAACUAGCGUGAAGAAGCAAACUUUUUCCAGUCUUCUCCGGAGAUCCUAUUAUCAAACUGUUUUCUCUCUUCAAGCUAACUUUUAAUUGGGAAUCCGCUCGGGAAGACUCGUAACCAUCACUACCGAGAAAAAAGUGAAGGAAAUUUCACCAUCAAAGAGAUUGAGAUAAUUGGUCUAUUUCGAAGGCGACGCCUUUUUCUUGCUGGGGAAAAAAAGAAUGUUAUAAAUAUUACUUGACAGUUUAAAAGGGAUUUCUAAACUCUCAGGAAGUUCAGAGAGUGCGUUCGCUUCCCUUGCUUGAUUAUAAGUCUAUUCAAUACGAAGAGUUCGAAGAGAAUUUAUUCAUUCGUAUCCAAACUUUGAAUGGACAUUCGAAAGACAUGUGGCCAACAAGUUGAAACAUUUCGCGCCAGUCUCCGAGUCGCGACGGCUUGCUAUCGCAUAAUUGAUCUCUACCGAGCAGAACCCUUGUUUUUUUUUCCCUGCAUCCAAGUAAAACAGAACGGGUGAACUGAUUUUGCCAGUCGAGAAAGGAUUCCGUAGAAAGUGGGUCUGAGAGGUCGGAACUCGCUAGAGGAGCCACAACAAGGCUUCUCCUUAGUAUGCGGAUCCGUACUUGAGGCUAACCCACUGAGAAGCAGACAUCAAGCCGAACUGCCAUACGAAGAACGAUGCAGAAAGAUUGAGAACAAACUCGAAAGAACCCAAGAAGGCCAGAAAUCCCUGGACCAACGUCUGGAAACAACGGCUCUCUAUCAAAAUCCGACGGCCACAACUUGUUUUGGACACGCCGAAAAAGAAGAUCUGCUGCGGGAGAUCGGCACAACACUGCAAACGCUAAUAAAUGGCCAUUCAAUGACUCGAGCCUCCCUGGAGAUGCUCCGUCGAGUUUGAACCGCCCAUUCAAAUGGCAUUCCGAUUUGUCAAGCCAUGUGCUCGGCGGAUCCACCGACUAUGACGGGCUCUUAUGAUCUAUUCUCAGUCAAGUGACCGCAUAACUGGUCAUGAAUGAAACGCGCCAAAAAAGCUGAGAGAGCUUCAAAAGAAGCAACAAAAGAGACAAAGCCGAAGUCUCGAAUAAUUCCGGCUUCUCGUCAAUAAAUUACAAGAAUUCAUCAAUUUCUCGAACACCAUUCUGUAGAACGUUCUCAAAAUGGAGAAAUGAACACAGAAAAAUUUUGACAGACUCAGUAGAAGUAACAAAUGAGCUCCAAAAAAAAAUUUAAUCCAUCACUCAUACAUGGUUUAUUCUGGUAACGACAAACCUUGAGCGACAGCUCGGCAAUCCGAAAUUUCCCUAGCAAACAAAUCUGAUCACAAAAAUAGUUUCAAACUUUUUGUGUUCAUGGAAGCUCCAAAACUUUCUUCAAAGAAAAAAAAAUGCGAUGUCACGAGUCGGUAUCAUAAAAAGAUGAAGAUAGUCUACUAAUAUUAUUUUAUCAAUAACAAUUUGAAUAUUUUUGAAAAGAGAAAUGAAAGGAAAGAUUCCGUGGAAGUCGGACGCUCCAAAUGCCUCGUUAUUUUCGAUGAACGCUUGUUUUCCAUAUUGGACAAAUAUAAAAUUUUCGAAACGAGGCUAUAAAAUAAUCGGGAAGAAUGGCUAAAAGGAAAUGAUGGUGAGAAGAAAGAACAGGAGAGCAUUUUAAAUGAACAUUUUGGGCUCCGAUCUAGUUUGAUAACUGAUUUUCUAAAUGGCCGAACUUAGAAAAUGCCUUUUUGGAUUUUUUGGCUUGAAGGUCUAUUUAGUCAGGGAUUGAUUUGGAUGGAAGAAGGGCAGAAAAAGAAGCCGACAAUCUCUACAUCCCUAUGGACUUUUCGGAGAGGCGGAGCUUUCGCGCACUUUUGAAAUCAUAUUCGAAAGGAGUUAAAGAAAUUCUCUGGCAUAAAGAAGUUGCGGUGUUCUUUGGCAAGUUUGAACAUUUCCAGUUCGCUCCAUCGAGAAAAAGAGAUUUAUUUAUUUGUCAUUCUUCAGUCGCUUGUUUUGAAGUUUAGCAUUAAAAAUAAGAAAAAGGGAGGAAUAUUUUGAGCAACACCUGGAUUUUUUUCGAAAAAAAUGCUCGGUUUUUUUGAAUAUUUUUAAUUUUAUCUUCCAUUCUAUUCAAAAGUAGGCGAAUGACUUCAAAGUUUUGACGGUGAUUUUUUCGAAAAGCUCUUUCGGAACCAGUAGAAAUAAGGUCUUUCCUGGAGACCAGAGCAAAUUUAGCCGAGAAAGAUAAUCGGAUUAUCCUUGUGACCUUCUCAAGUUUCCAAAAGAGCAGUUCUGUUCAGAAAUAACGAGAAAAGCCAGAAGUGGAGUGAGGAAAACGAAAUUCAAAAUGAGAGGUUGUUUAGUGAGAAGAGUAUUGUGUUACAUGGGCACAUGCAAAUCGGACACGGAUAUGCGAGGAAAGAACUCAUAACCGUCCAGAUGGCAGAAGUCGGCCGAAACGAGGCGACGGGAAGUGGCCGUCGGAUGCGGCGGCGGAAAACUCGGCGGCUAAUCAGGCACGUCUGAUUGCCCAACAAGAGAGCCCAAAUGCGAUUCGGCCAUGUGCCAAGUAUGAGACUUCGGGUCGACCGGCGACCAUACAAGGACGAGUCCACUAA